AUGGAGGCAUCGCUCAGGGCCCUCGCACUAGAGGAGUUGGCGCUGCAUCCAUUCCCUGGUAUUUCAUUCGAUCGCCUCUGCACAAUUCUACAGCAAGAAAAUGAAUACGAAUUAGACGUCUUCUUAAGGGCUGUCCUCUGGAGGUCUCUUUACCGCUGCCCUGACGUUUACUUCACGUCCGUCUCCUCGUGCAGCAGCAGCAACCAGCAGCAGAGACACCCUGUUCCUGCUGCUGCUAGCUUAGAGGCAGCCGCCAGCCCACCAGCAGCAGAAGCAGCAGCAAAAUGCAGCAAACGACAGCUCCUAGCUUGGCGAGACCCUGCAGUCCCUCCAGACCUUCCGGUGGCGGCUGCUGCAGCAGGAGACAGGGUUGGACGGGGAACGUGUGCUGCUGCUGGUGCAGGAACAACAGCAACAGCAGCAGCAGCAGCAGCAGAUGCAUGCAUAGAGCAGCAGCGACAGUGGCUACUGACGACUUCUCCAGGUCUCCCUGUGUUGCUGCUGACAGAGGUGGAUGCUGCUGCAGAUAAAAAUGAUAUAAAACGCAGAGCUACUGAAGUCCCUUUUCAAAUUCUUCGCAACAUCGCAGCCCACAAGGAAAACGGCCAAUGGCAAUACUGCCUGGCUCAGGAGCUUCACCUCGACCCCAAGAGCGUCUUCCAUCACUUAAAGCCUCUCUAUCGCGAUGAACUCAUCUGCCACAUGCAGCUAGCCAUACCCCCCACCCACAAGUUAGGGCGGGGGGCCCCACACGCUCGCUCCAAGGGGGCCCCUGACCUGGCGCAGGGCGCAGAGGCCUCGGGGGCCUCCGCAGAUCAGGGGGACCCCCUAGGGGGGCACUCAGGGGGGCCCACAGGGACCACCAUCUCCCGGGGAUCUGUCAGGACAAAUCUCACUGUCUCGGCGCUGCUAUGGAGCAGCGCCUUCUUCUCCCCUUUGAGGCUGCCCGCGCAGCUGCGGGGGCUGGUAGCCCUGCAGCAUUUGUUGCCUCUGCAGCAGCAGGCGCUGCGUCUGCUGCACAACGCACCCAAUAAUAUCUUGUUAGAAGAAGAAGCCCCGUAUCUGCGCUUCAGUGAUAAACAGCUGAGGCGUUUGUUCUAUCGACUGAGGGAGUCGCUGGAAAGGGGAGGGCAGGUGCAGCGCGUGAGAGCCUUUUGUAGACAGACAGCUCGCUUUGAGCCCUGUCUGCUGCUGUCAGCAGCAGCAGCACCGCCGUCGUCUGCUGCAGCUGCUGCAGCAGCACCUUCUGCUGCUCCCGCAGUCCAGCUGCAGGAGUACCGGGGACAGACGGGAGGGAGCAGUCUGAUUGCGCAAGUGAAAGUAGAAGAAGGGACAGUAGAGAGAGCAGCACGGGCUGCUGAUCUCCGCAGAGAAGCUUCUGGCCCCGCGGCGGUUGUAGCAGAAGAUGCCGAUGGAGAAGACCACCCUUCUGCUCCUGUGGAUUUAGAGGGAGUUUCUCUCGCUUCAUUGGCGUCUUUGCUAUUGGUAGCGGCGGGUUCAGAGGGCCUCACUACUGUGGGCCUCUCUCGUUUGUUGGGUCUCGAUAUUAAGCGGAGUGGCAAGGCCCUGGCGGAGUUUUCAAGACGGAAUUUGGUGUCACGAGUAGCAGAGAGAAGAGGCAAAUGCUUCCUUUACCGGUAUAUCAGCAAAGGGCUUCCUCGCCUGCAGGCGUUGCUUGCAGAGGCACCAACAGAAGAUCUUCUACCGAGUAGAGCGGAGACGGAACGCGCUGCUGUCCAAGGAGGGGACCCUGCUGCUUCUGCUGCUGCUGUUGCUGCUGCUGCAGCACGCAGUGGGGGAGACGACGAGGGGAUAUCCGGUGCUGCUUCGGCCUCUGCCGCACCGGUAACUCCUCAAGGUACUGCUACUGCUUAUGCUGCUGCAGAGGAGGGGGAGCAGCCUGCUGCAGCCGCUGCAGUUCUUGCUGCUACUGCUGCUGCUGCUGCUGCUGCUGCUUCUCCUGAGCAAACGCCUCAGGAGUGCACUGAAGAUCUUGUGCCUGGGGCGUCUCAACGCCGCCACAGCGGGAGAGGUGAAGCAGCAGCUCAUAGUACCUUAGUGAAUGGCCUUGAAAGCGGCACUGGGGCGAAGUCAACUCGCAAAAGGCCCCAAAGUGCACAGGGGGCCCCUCCGGGGGCCCCCAAGAGACGUGGGUGCUAUCGCCGCGGUAUAAUGAAUGGGGGAGAUACAGAGGAGGAGAAAGAAACAACACCUUCUGCAGCAGCAGGUGAUAGUUCUGCUGCUGCUGCAUAUACAGAAGCAGCAAUACCCCCUUCUGCAGCAGCACCAGCAGCUCCUGCUGCUGAUGCUGCUGCUCCUCCUGUUGCAGCAGCUGGUGGGGCAGCUGCGUCCCCAGAGCCCUCCAGGACCCCUGCAGCAGCAGGUGGAGCGGCGGGGGAUGGCGAGUCAGUGUCUGUCCCCGCUGCUGCCUCUGACGGCGUAGGAAGGUGUUUAUUGGGUGGGGUUGUUGGAGGUACGAAUGGUAUUCCUCCUGCUGCUGCUGGUGCGGGGAGCCUGGAAGACCUUCUUAAAGAGAUGAGCCGCCGCGCUGCUGAGGCGAAGCUGCCCCACAAGACGCAGCGGCUGCUGCAGACACCUCAGUUUGUUCUUCGUCUUGCAUUGUUUCAGCAAGCAGUGCACGACGCUGGCUGCUGCACAAUCCCUUCUAUUAGUAAAACCAUCGCGGACGCAGAGAAGACACCCAAUGGGCCGGACAGGAAGACAAUUCACCGCAUGGCUGAUAUUGCAAUUCAGCUGGAGCCCCGCAUCCGCCGUGGCCGGGUAGCGGCUUCAAAGAAUGCAGCAGAGAGGGUAGACGGCCCCUCAGGGGGCUCCCAGGCAUCGGCAGACAUCACUUUCUUCUACUGGGCGGAGACACUCGAUGAAGAGACAGCGGAACAGCGCGUCUCUGCAUUGAUUACCCAAAGGCGUGCCCACGGCUGUCGCGAGGCCAUUCGGCGCAACCAGCUGCUUCUAGAAGGGAAGCUGAAGGAGGCGGGCGAAGAGCUUCGGCUCACUGGUUCUUCUGCGGCUUCCCUUGGGGCUUCGCAGCAGCCUCCAAGCCUCGUUGCGUCUGCAUGCAGCCCCACGUCUCCCCCGUUGCAGGCAGUGUCUGGAGACGUCCCGGAGGAGCAGCGGCAUUCAAAUGAGGGGGCUGAGGGGCCCCAAGGGCAGUCCCUUGUGGGGAAGCAGCUCAAGGGACUAGAAAAGGAGAUCUCCCGUCUGGCGCAGCUAGAAAGCCGCACUGCCAGCAGCCGCGUCACGCAGCCGGGUCCCCCUGCAACUGCUGCUUCUUUGCUGAUGGUAGACAAAACGCUUCCUCGCUCCACGUUUCAAGACAAGUUUGUAUUUAGUCAGAAGCACCUCGCCUUCUACGGCUUUAUCUUUCCCGUUAUGAUACGAGCCAAGUGCUUCCACCAGUUUCUCCUUGUCCUCUCGCUGCAGCUUCUGGGGCCCUCAACAAAUUCCUUAGUAUCCCGCAGAGAGGCUCCCCCUUUAACUGUAUCCACUAUGGUGCGCCGAAUGCCGCUGGAGACAUUCCUUCGCCUGAUUGGGUGCGGCUAUGCGUUACCACUGCUGGAUGAGCACUUGGCGAGGGAGGCGGCGUCUCGCCACCCAAUGCAGAUGCUUCCGGGGCCCCUUUUUCGUUUGCUUGUCUUCUCCAGCCGUCAGCUGCAAGCGUACAGACAGAUGCACCCUAAGGCGCAGCUGCCGCUCUUGGGGCUGGGCAAGAAGAAUGCAGGCACUGCAGUCAGGAAGCUGCUGUCUCUUCUAGGCCGCAUGGGGAUCGUCUCCCAAAUCCAGGCCCAGUCCAGCGAGAGCCCCACCUCGAAGGGGCCCCCUGCAGCCCAUGCAUGGCGCCUUAACGAGGUCAUCAGGCUGCCAGUAUUCUCAAGGACGGCGUCAAAGGAAGGGGAAGAGGGUUCCCCCUCCCCUGCAGCCAGAGAGUUUGAGGGCCUGUCUCACGAGGGAGUGGAGGCAUACUGGCAGCAGCUGCAGCUGCAGGUGUCUCAGUGGGUGCAGGAGGAGCGGCAGAUGACAUGGGCUAUGAGCACCGACCCCCAGCCUUCUCAUUUCUUCUCUCCUCAUUCAGAAGAUAGCGAAGGCGCGCAGCAGUCGGAUAGGGAGGGCUCACAAACAAACGCCAAAACCCCUGAAGAGGCCACUGCCUCCAACCGCUGGCGGGUGCCGCUGCCGGACGCCUUCGCUGUGCGUGAGGCGUUCAACUCCAAGAAUUGGAAGGGACAGGUGGCCUUCACGGCAGCCGCAAGGGCCGCUUUGGAUGCGUUUGCUGCGGAAACGCUGGAGCGACUGCGGGAUGCUGGGGGGGCGGAGUUGGAGGCCCUGAUAUUAAAUGCGUCUUCUCCUCAAAUCGUCGAACUCUCUGCGCGGAUCGGAUACCCCGCAGAUGCGGUGCUGCGUUAUUUGAUUCGUGUCUUUGAAAUAAAGGGCGGCUCGCGCAGCAACCAAACUUUGUUGAUAGGCGGCAGCUUCUGGGAGGGAGAGGAGCGGGUGCAGGGGGGAGAGGAGAGCCCCAAUGGGGCCCCGGGGCCCCCGGGGCCGCCAGCGCAGCUGCUGGCUAGUCAGCUAGCCACCACAGGAGCAGACGCGGUGGCUAGCUCGUCGUCCUCCGGUCUGUCUUCAACCAACUCGCCUCAUCCUCCGUGGCUUGCAGGAACCCCCACAAAAGCGGAGACAGCGGAGAGAGACAGAGGCCCUGGGCUGUUGGUACACCGCACGCGAGAUGUGCGCUUUCAGUGCCACCGGUGCGGCCACUUCUAUUCCUGGGAGAAGUCUUUGAGGCUGCACUAUGAAAGGGCACACCACGAGCCCCUGCCUGACAACGAACUUCUUUAUGUCUUGCCAUGGGAGCGAAAGCGGCGGCUAGAGGACCAGCAGCAGAAGGCGGAGCUCAGCAAAUUUAGACGGAGACGCCGCACUAUAGCGGCGGCUGCAGACAGGGAGUCCUCAAUGGAGCCGCAGCAGCAACGGCAGCAGCAGCAGCAGCAAGAUCAGCUGCUGCUACUAAGUCCCCCGUCUGAAGAGGCCUUGAGGGCCCGCGAGCGCUUUGCGGGGCGGCUGUUAGUCCGGGGUGCUGUGAAGGCCGUUGACGUUCCAGCCAGCAGCUUCUUGUUGCGAGCAACAAGAGAGGAGGAGGCGGUUCUUUCUUCAAUGGGUCGCGAGGAUGAGAUUGCUCUUAUAGGGGCAGCUGUCGUCGCGGAGAGGCUCUGGGUCGCGGCCUACAGCCCGCAUCAUAAAUCAGGGGGCCCCGAGGGCCUCCUUGGUAAGGAGGAGAACCGCAGCGGGGGGCCCCUCGCUGAGGCCUGGCUGUUCCCAUCCAGCUCCCAGUCUCUGCCUCCAGAAGAGCAUCUGAUCUGGCAGAUAUUGGGGGGUCUUUGCAUGCCCCCUCUAACGCCUUCGAGUGCGCGUUUAUUUUUGGGUUUUGUUUUGAGUCGCCGGUCCCUGAACUCCCGCAUUUUCAGCAGUUUCCGGCGCCUCGAUGCUGCAGCACUCCGCCAUUUUGUGCUGGAGGGCCGCAUCCCCUCUGCCUUAGAGCUGCGCCUGCAUAGUGUGUACAGGGCAGAGGGUGCAGCGGCAGUAAGGAAGUCUCUGGUGUCUCGACCGCUGAGCUGUCCCCGUGUCCUGAUGGCGCGCAAUAUGUUAAAGGCUGUUGUCCUCACGCCUUUGCCGUUCUACAGACCUGCAGUGCAGUUGGCUGCCCUCCGCGAGCUGCGGCCUUUGGAGCUCACGGGCCUUUGGAGAGCUUGGCAGCGGAGAGGCUGGGUCACUGUCUUCAAGCCCCCAGCAGCAGCUGCUGCUGCUGCUGGUAGUGGUAGUGGUGCUGCCGCUGCGCUGCCUUCCAGGGAAAAGAAAGAAAUGGCAGUAACAGAGGCAGCAGGGAGACAACAGCACUUGUACAAGAGGCCAGAGAUCGCUACAGCGUUGGAGGCGAAGUGCCGUCGUCCGUUUGUCCUUAGCAGCUCCGCGCGUCUCUCCCUCUUUGGCCGCCUGUGGGACUACCGGACCCUUUCUGCUUUGCUCUCCUCAGCCCUUGAGCUCACACCCCGCAGUGUGGAGGGCCCCCCUGAGGGGCCCCCGGAGGGGCUCCCCGAGACGAUAGCCGUAGACGGGCUGGACAGGGAAGGGGCCUUGCAAGAGAGGAGCCCCCCAACCCCGGCGGGCUGUUCCAAUGUGCAUGGAGUCCCACACCCUUGGAAGGACUCCGGGGGAGACGACCCCCCGCAUGAGCUGCUGCUGGCCGAGCUGGGUGUGGAGGAGGGGCAGCAGUUGGAGGAGACAGAAGGAGGGAAUGCAUGCACGGAGACAAACGAUGGCGACUUACAGUUGCUGCAGCUGCUCGAGAAUUCGCGGCUGCAGCAGCCGUCCGCUUUGGAGUGUCUGGCCAUCCCGGAGCUGCUUGAGCCGGGCGUUUCCUCUUCCGGUGAAUGUGGAGAGAGACAGGGAAAUAGCAUGAAAGAAGACACGACAGUUGCAGUUGUAGGGAGGACGAAACUGUCUCUGACAUCGGAGGUGGCGGGCUGCGAAGCACUCGCUGCUCUUGAAGGCUUGGCCCGAGGGCGGCUGUGGCUGUCUCCUUUCUGGGGUAAGGAGGGCCGCCUCCCUGACUCAACAGAGGCAGCAGCAGACGCUGAGCUACUGAAGUUGCUGGAGGAUGAAGACGCUCUGGAGGGGGGCGCUGAGGGGGAGGGCUUGUGGAACAACGUUCCUGAGUGGCUGAGCGCGUUGUCUUUGGGUCGGGGAGAAGAAGGAGGAGAUUUGUUAGGAGACAGCAGGCCGAUGAGGAGACCGACGGAGGGUGGCAUUGAGACGCACAUCACCGCGCAUGCGGCAGGGGUCCCGGAGAUUACUGCAAUCACCUGCUCUGUCUUGGGCCCCCCUCUGCCGCGUCGCCAGCGAAAGACGAAGGCCCUUGAAGGAGGGGAGGCUUCUUUCUGCAACAACGCAAAUCCCAAAGAGGCAACAGGGGCCUCCGAUAGGCAGGUCGAUGCGCCGGGAUCCGCUCCCGAAAUUGGGGGCCUAUGCGGGGAGCUGCGGCGUGCGUUCGAUCGCCAUUGCUGCUGCCCACCAGCAACGGCGUGGGCCCCCAUUGUUGAGGGAGGAGGGGGCCCCAGGGUGCAAGCACUGGGAGUACAUGAGCAUGCAGGAGGAGAUGACAGUCGCGCAGCAGCAAUGAGAAAGGCAGCGGAGGUGGAGGUGCCCCCCGCGAGCCACCUCGCAGAUGGCCUCUUUGGUGCUGCAGGAGAGCUGGAUGCCUUUGACCCUUCUUUGCUGCCUCCUGUUCUGAGCGACCGCACUGCGAGUGCGGCGACUUCCUUUGGGCUUGGAGAGGCGACUAGGCAACAGCGAGAGACAGAGACGGAGACGGAGACAGAGAUGGAGACGGAGGGGGAGACAGACCCCAAGGCCUCAGCAGCCCUCAGACAGUGGCGUUUCAAACCCGGACUCCCCAGCGGCUUCCCGGUGUCUCUGCCCACGUAUGCUGACGACUACAGACAGAAUUGGCGCUUUGCUGCAAGGGCUGUCGAGGCAUUUGCCCCUCCUGGCUGUCUCUGUAGCGCAGCGUGCGGAGGCCUACAUGAGCCCAAGGCAAUAACAGACAACCCCAGCUACACAAGUGCUGCUCCGCUCGCCGCCAUCUGCUCUCCCGUUGCCCCCAACGCGGCCUUCGCCAAAGACAGGCCCCUCGACCAGGGGGCCACAGAUGCUGCACGGGAGGAGAGACAGGGGGAGGAGGGGCCCCUGAGCAUCCUUUCAUACUACUUACAAGGCUUCGCGGAGGCCCCUGCUGCUAAGGAGUGCAGCAACAGCAGCAGCAGUUCGUGUUGCAGCGAGCUACCUGUCUCCUUACUUCAGGUUUUGCAGAAAACGGCGUGCGUUGCUCUUAGAGUUCAGCGGCAGGCGGUCUUGCCGCUGCUGCCAACACCGCCCCAGCCUCAGGCCGCUCGGAGAGUGGAGGAGGUAACACAGCAAGAGCUUGCUUCGAGUGCAACUGUUAUUGCUGCUGCUGCUGCUGGAGGCAGCAUUCCUGCAGCAGCUCUGCAAAGAGGAAAGGAAACGCAUGCAGACGUUGUGGUGUGCGUGUCUCUCGCUGUGUGCCCUGCGUGGCUGUUGAGUCGCGUGCUUGCGGCGAAGGCGGACGGCGUGGCGGUGCCUGUAUUGUUGCUGGACCUCGCAGGAGAGACGGAGACAGCUGCAGCAGCAGCAGAAGCAGCAGCAACAGAUGAGCAUAACAUGGCUCAGACAGGCUCUGGCCCUGGAUACCCUUCAGCCAGCUGCCGUGGAGACACCCCAUUUGGCGGCCUGCAAGCAGUAGCGUGUCUCUCUUUCAAGCUUGCUGCAAGCAAGCUGGCCCUCAGAGGCAGUGGAGGAGAGACCAUUUGGUCCCCUCUUCAUCCUCAGGCAGAACAGAAGAGAGGGGGCCGUCUGCCUACUCCCAUGAUAGCUGGGGAGCACCUGGGGAGCUGCUGCGAGGACUGCUGGGUUGCUGCAUGCGGCAGUCAGUUGUUUUUGGUGUGUGUCGCUCUGCUGUGCUACCUGCGCCUGGUGGUGCCGGUUCCUGCAGGAGACAGUUGGCGGCUUGUUGCUGCUGCUGAGGCAGCCCCUCGCUUUUGCCUGAAAGAGCAGCAGGUUGUCCGCGACCCUCUGGCUGCUCGCUGGGCCUCUCACAACAAGUGUUGUUUGCCUGUCUCUGCUAUCGAAGAGAGGCGGCCACAGGCAGAAGCAGCAGAUUCGCAGCUUGUCGCAGUGGAUGUGGCAGGCGACAAGCAAAAAGAAGGGGAACCCUCAUUGGAACAAGGAAACACGAAACAGACGAAUCGCCGCCCUGGAAUGGUGCCCAGGGCCAUAUGGACAGCGUGGGGACCUUCAGAGGUCCGCAGCCAGCAGCAGCAGCAACAGCAGCAUCACCAGCAGCAAAAGCCGUUGGAGGGGGAGGUGAAUCUGGCUUUGCAUGGUACGACUGCCACUGCAAAUGGGGCUGUAUGCGUUUCGAGUCCCCUGACUGCCGCUUCAUCUUUUGCUGGGAGUUCGGAGGAGGAGAGUUUAAAAGCCUUUCGAGCGCACGCUGAUGUCGCCAUUUCCUUCUUCAGUGCGCUGUUGACCUGGGAGGAAAACCCCUCAGGCCUGGGUUCCUCUUUGGGAACGCAGCAGAUAGAGAGGGGCCCUCUCUCCUCUGCAGCUCCACGAGCCCCCUUCAAGCCAAUGAGACUGGCGAGCGAAUGGCUGCCAGCUUGUGCUUGGGUACGGCUAGAUGGCCGUUUGCACGCUUCCCUCGUGCAGCUGCUCUGUCUGCGGCUGUGGAUGCUGCUGACGCAAAGGCCAGGCAGCACGGCGCAGCAGCUGCAGGGGAUGUUGUGUCUGCUAGAUGACUGUGAGGUGCAGUUCCUCCUUCACGCUCUUGUCGAGGAAGGAGUUAUCACAGCCUCUCUCCUAUGGGGGCCCUCCGCAGCCGCCACUUGUGGCAACGCUGGGAGGGCUCGUUCGGGGGGGGCCCCAAAUAGGACCUGUCUAGACACUGUGGGCGCAGAAGACAAUGAAAGAGCGCUGCCAACGCAUGCAGCAAAACACAGCGGGGGCCCCAAGAGAGCCGAUUGCUGCAGAUCGGGAACACGCGGGCUGUCUAUGGCCAAGCACAUUCUGAACGUGCAGGCCAUAUACUUGCCCAACACAGCGGCAGAAGUCCUGCCCAAGUUCCAGCCCCUUUUGCUGCCGAGACUUGCGCGUUGCAGCUGCGGCUGCUCUGUGCUGCUUUGA